GGGAAUUGUAGUCUCCGUGAGCCGCUUGGUGUGUGUGGCGUGGGUCUGCAGCUUCUGAGGAGAUGAAUGGGAAACGGCCCCUUGACCCUAACCCGGACCAGAUGGGGAAAAAGAGAAAGAAGGAGGUGAUGGUGGAGUUUUCGGACGCGGUCACGGAGGAAGUCUUGAAGAAGCAGGUGGCUGAGGCCUGGAGCUGCAGGACGCCGUUCAGUCACGAAGCCAUUAUCAUGGACAUGGACCCCUUUCUUCAUUGCGUGAUCCCAAACUUCAUCCCAAGUCAAAACUUCUUGGAAGGGCUUCAGAAGGAGCUUUUGAGCUUGGACUUCCAUGAAAAGUAUAAUGAUUUAUAUAAGUUCCAGCAGUCUGACGAUUUGAAGAAGAGAAGAGAGCCUCACAUCUGUGCUUUAAGGAAAAUUCUCUUUGAAGAUUUCCGGGCUUGGCUUUCCGACAUUUCCAAGAUUGACCUGGAAUCAACUAUUGACAUGUCCUGUGCUAAAUAUGAAUUCUCAGAUGCCCUGCUCUGCCACGAUGAUGAGCUGGAGGGGCGCCGGAUCGCCUUCAUUCUUUACCUGGUUCCUCCCUGGGACAGGAGCUUGGGGGGUACCCUGGAUCUGUACAACGUUGAUGAACACUUCCAGCCGAAGCAGAUUGUCAAGUCCCUUAUCCCUUCGUGGAACACACUGGUUUUCUUUGAAGUGUCUCCAGUGUCCUUUCACCAGGUGUCUGAAGUCCUGUCUGAAGAAAAGUCACGUCUGUCUAUAAGCGGCUGGUUUCAUGGUCCUUCCCUGACCAGGCCUCCCACCUACUUUGAACCUCCCAUAGCUCGGAGCCCUCAUAUCCCACGAGAUCAUGAAAUUUUGUAUGAGUGGAUCAACCCUACUUAUCUGGACAUGGAUUACCAAAUUCAAAUUCAAGAAGAGUUUGAACAACAGUCUGAAAUUCUCCUAAAGGAGUUCCUUAAGCCCGAGAAAUUUGCAGCGGUCUGUGAGGCUUUGGAGAAAGGAGGUGUGAAAUGGAACAGCCGAGGGCCCCCUAACAAAAGGUUUUAUGAGAAAGCCGAGGAGAGCACGCUUCCCGACAUUCUCCAGGACUGCAUGACAUUAUUUCGCUCCGAGGCAUUGUUCUUGCUGCUGUCCAACUUCACCGGCCUGAAACUUCAUUUCUUGGCCCCUUCCGAAGAAGAGGAGACAGAGGGCACAAAAGAGGGAGAAGCAGCCACUGCUCCUGAGAGCACUGAAGAAGGGACGAGCUAUAGCUCCUCAGAGCCAGAGAAUAAUCUGGCAGCUGCCAGCAACAACAGCCAGCAGAGCAAUGAACAGGCAGACCCAGAGCCCAAGGAAAACGAAGCCAAGGAAGAAUCAAGUGUUCCCACGUGCCAGGGGGAACUGAGGCGUUGGCAGACUGGUCACUACACUUUAAUCCAUGACAACAGCAAGACUGAAUUUGCCCUGGACUUACUUCUUUACUGUGGCUGUGAAGGCUGGGAGCCUGAAUAUGGUGGCUUUACUUCCUAUAUUGCCAAAGGGGAAGAUGAAGAGCUGCUAACAGUGAAUCCAGAAAACAAUUCUUUGGCAUUGGUCUACAGAGAUAGAGAGACUCUUAAAUUUGUCAAGCAUAUUAACCACCGAAGCCUAGAACAAAAGAAAACCUUCCCAAACAGAACAGGUUUCUGGGACUUCUCAUUCGUCUACUAUGAAUGACAGGGCUGGGCGAAGCUGAGAAGAGAGACCCUUCAUCGGCACUGGAAAGGCUGCAAGAGCUGGCAUCCAGCAAAGGAGAGCUACAAGGUAACCUGUCUUGACACUUCUUAAAACCACGUGGUUGGCCUUCAAUAGGACUCACAGUGAUUGUCCUCAGUCUAGACCUUGAGCUUGGGGAGUUUUUAAAUGUGGGGUUUUUUUGUGGUAAAAUAUGUGACAUAAAAUUUACCAUUUUAACCAAAUUUCA